GAUGCCAUCCGUGACUCAGGAAUUCCUCUGCAGGAGAUAAGCCGCUCUCCCAGUGCGUUUACUGGACGCAACUUCAGGAACUGGCUGCUGGAGUUGCGCAACUCCCAUUCUCUGAUCAAGAGCAGCCGCAGUGCGCUCAUUGACCGUUUACUUGAAGGCUACGACAGCGCUCGCCACGGGACUGGGGUGUUUGGUGAAGCUGAGUUUCUUGAAUACCAGCAAGCUCUCAACGAACUGGCCGAUGUGGUGAAAGCAUAUUCCAGCUCCACCAGCCUGGACCAGCAUCACCAGUCUGCGGCCAAGGACCUGACGGGCUCUCCUGUCCGCAGCACUCCCUCCACCAUCCAGGUCACCUACCUGCCCUCCACCGGCCAGCGCAGCAAGAGGCCCAAACACUUUCUGGAGCUCAAGAGUUUCAAAGACAACUACAACACGCUGGAGAGCACCCUGUGAGAGACUGCUGCUGCUGCUGCAGACUGACUGUUUCACAAUGUUUGUGUGGUGUGUGUGUAAGUGUGCACAGCAGUUACACAGUGUACAGCAAACAAGGAGUUGUAACAUACUGUUUUAAAGUUGACCUUUAAAAUUCACCCACGAGUUAAGUUGGAGAAAAAUCUUCGAAAAGUAAGUAUUUUUCAGGUAAUUUCGAAGGAUUAUGUACAACAGUGGUUCUAAAAU